AUGUCGAUCUCGGUGCAUGUGGCCCUGCUCAGCGGCCGCAGCAUUGAUUUGACCAUCUCACAAGAGUCCACGGUUGAUGAGCUGCGGCUUCAGGCACAGUUAAGUUUGAAAGUGGGUCUUGAGAGAUUGGUCACUGAGUCCGGCGUUAUCCUUGACGGCCGCGCACCCCUCAGCAGCUGCCGCCUGCCCUCCUCAGGGGCCACUUUGACGGCGCACGUGCGGCAGGCGCAGCUGCAGAGCUCCGCGCUGGCCUUCGCGCUGCUGCGCUCAGAUGGCACGGUGGCCACAUGGGGCAAUGCCAUUGAUGGUGGUGACAGCAGUUCUGUGCAAGAUGAACUAAAGGAUGUGAACCAACUGCAGAGUUCCCUCCACGCCUUCGCAGCGCUGCGCUCGGAUGGCUCGGUCAUCACCUGGGGCCGCAUCGGCGAUGGCGGCAACUCGCAGGCCUUGCAGAACCAGCUGCGCGAUGUCAAAUACAUUCAAGCCUCGUCGCGUGCAUUCGCUGCUAUCAAGGCUGAUGGGUCGGUGGUGACCUGGGGUGACGAGAUGUAUGGUGGCAACUGUCGUGCUUUGAAGGAUCAGUUGAAAGAUGUGCAGGGCAUUCAAGUCUCCAGGUGGUCCUUCGGCGCGGCCUUCGCAGCCCUGCGACGGGAUGGCAAAGUGGUCAGCUGGGGCUUGCCACACGCCGGGGGUGACAGCAGUGGCCUCAAGGCCCAGUUGACGAACGUCAAGGAGAUUCAAGCGACCAAGUUCGGAGGUGUCAUGCCUCACUGCUCAUUCGCGGCACUGCGCUUGGAUGGUUCAGUGGUUACCUGGGGUAUUCCCCGCUCGGGCGGGGAUAGCGCAGACGUUCAGGAUCAGCUCCACGACAUCACGGAGAUCCAAUCCACCGAGAACGCCUUCGCCGCACGUCGCGGCACGGACGGAGCAGUCAUCGCCUGGGGUGGUGAGCGCGACGGGGGAGUGCUGCCAACGGACCUGGGGCUGAGAGAUGUGGUGCGCAACCUUGGCUUGCAGUCUGUGUUACGUAUCCAGGCGACGUCCAAGGCCUUCGCUGCCAUCCGAAGCGACGGCACGGUGGCCUCCUGGGGCGAUCAGGACGCGGGGGGCGAGAGCGGCUACGUGCAGGAGCAGUUGAUCAAUGUCCAGUAUAUCCAAGCCUCCUCGUUAGCCUUUGCAGCCCUGCGUUCGAACGGCACAGUGGUGACCUGGGGCACGCCUCAUGCUGGGGGAGACAGCGCAGCUGUUCAGGAUCAGCUGAGGGAUGUGACCGCCAUCCAAGCUUCCCGCCACGGCGCGCGCGGCUCCUUCGCGGCCCUACGUGCAGAUGGCUCGGUCAUCACCUGGGGUGACCCGGGCUCUGGGGGCCACAGCACCUUGGUCGAGGGGAAAAUCAUGGUCUGGGGAUUGUUAUUGACCCAGGAUUUUUUUCGGGGAAAAUUGUGGAAAAUCAUUUGGGAAUAUAUAUAUAUAUAUAUAUAUCAUAAUAUAAUAUUGAAAUCCCUUUCUGAACAACGCCCCCAAGAGCAAGAAUUGUUGUUCAUAGUGGUUGAAGCCACAUAUUUGAGACCAUAG